AUGAACGGUCUGUUCAUAGAGAGAAGAAGUUUAUUUGUGAUCAAUGCAAGUGCGUCCUUUACACGGAAGGAUGAUUUGAAGCGGCAUCAGAAGCGACAUCAAGGAAUCACUACUCAUACUUGUGAGAACUGCAGAAAAAAGUUUUACCGUCGUGAUAAUUUAGUAGAGCAUCAAGUUCAAUGCCAAGGGAACCCUUUGAAAAGAGGACGUGACGAAGACGAUAGCAGUCGAGCCCCGAAGAAAGUACGAGUCGAGAAUCAAAUUGGAGAAGGUGAGCCAGAUAAUCAAGUCGAAGAAAACAACAACCCCUGCAGUUCAACAACAGCUUUUGAAGAUUCCUUGAAGAAAAUCGAGUUGAAGCCACGAAAAGAUCAAAAGCAAGAUAUGUCUCGCUUCUUACGCGGCAAGACAAGACCGAUUCUGACACAUCUUUCCAACGAGUUAGUAGAGAAAAGAGGCAUUAAAUGGUUCAUCAGCGUUAAAGUGCGGUUCAUUAAACCUAAACCUGACGGUGAAGACCUGAGUACCGAACCCCAUUUCCGCAGUCUUUGUAUGAAAACCGUAAAUCAACACGAACUCGAUAAUCAACUAGACGAAGCCAAGCAGAAAAUCACCCAAUCGCUAGUGUUAUUUCAAAAAGAAGGAAGUGGUUGGGUCUUGGACAAAAUACUUCAUCUUGACCUGAGUAUAGCUCAGUAUACUCCAGUGAGGGGAUCCAGCUACAUUCCUCUUCCCAACAAGCUCAAGACUAAGAAAGCUAUUAUCAACAUCAGGAAUUCUGAUAACAAGUGUUUCAUGUGGUCUAUUCUUGCUGCUCUACAUCCAAUUCCAUACAGUUUCAAGAUAAACUUGAUUGCAGCGGUAUUGAAUUUCCUGUCACUGUUGACAAGAUUGAAAAAUUUGAACGUCAGAAUAACAUCUCAGUCAAUGUAUUUGGCUUCGAAGACGUGUUCUUUUCCUUGCAUAUCACAAAGGAACACUUUGAUAUCCACGUCAACCUGUUACUAUACUCCCAGGGAACAACCAGACAUUACUGCCUCAUCAAAGAUCUAAACAAGUUUCUCUACAGUCAAAAUCGGAAAAAGGCUCGAAUGUUCUAUUGCCGGUACUGUUUACAUGGAUUUAUCAGAGAAGACCUACUCCAAGAUCACGAACCCCACUGCUCACAACACGGUCCACAGCGUAUCGAGCUCCCAGACGAGGACAAUGCAACACUAUUUUACAAAGAUUACCAUAAGCAGUUGAAAGUGCCCUUUGCGAUCUACGCCGACUUCGAAAGUCUUACAACAAAGAUUGACUCGACCCAACCUAAUCCUGAAAAAUCCUUUACUGAAAAAUAUCAACACCAUCAACCUUGUGGAUUUUCAUACAUCGUAGUAUCUGACUAUGAGAAGUAUUCCAAACCACCUGUUGUUUAUCGUGGAGAAGAUGCAGUCGAUAAGUUUCUGGAGUGUUUAGAAGAAGAGCAAAAGUAUAUUCAAAAGAAAGUUGAUUUUGUUGAGCCAAUGCGAAUUGAAAGAGAUGAAGAGCAGGCGUUUCAAGAUGCAGUCAAUUGUCAUAUUUGCGGAUAUGAGUUGGGAGCUGAUCGUGUUCGUGACCACUGUCAUCUCACCGGAAAGUUUCGUGGAGCUGCACACAACGACUGCAAUUUGAACUACAGUUUUACUGGACGAAUUCCGGUUAUUCUUCACAAUCUACGCGGGUAUGACUCUCAUCUGAUCAUGCAAGGACUUGGUAAACUCAAAGACAAGAAGAUCAACUGCAUCCCGAAUAAUACCGAGAAGUACAUCUCUUUCUCCAUCGAUAAUUUGGAUUUUAUCGACUCUCUGCAAUUUAUGAAUGCAUCGCUGGAAAAGUUGGUAUCCAAUCUAGCAAAGGACGGUGAUAACAUGUUCCCAACUCUAAAGAAAUACAUCGACAGCGAUAAAGUGCCACUGCUUCUGAGAAAAGGUGUCUACCCUUACGACCAUAUGAAUUGUGUGGAAAGAUUUGAAGAGUCAACCCUACCACCGAAAGAGUCAUUUUACAACGUACUGAACGAUGAACAAGUUUCAGAUGAGGAUUACGCCCACGCAACGACUGUGUUUAAUAGAUUCGCGUGCCAGAACAUGGGUGAUUACCAUGAUUUGUAUUUGAUGUCUGAUGUUCUUCUCCUUGCGGAUGUGUUUGAAAAUUUCCGAAGCGUCUGCUUGAAAGCUUACAACUUGGAUCCUUGUCACUUUUAUACGAGUCCUGGACUAGCUUGGCAAGCGUGUUUGAAAAUGACUGGCGUGGAACUCGAGCUUUUGACCAAUCCAGAUAUGUAUUUAUUCAUUGAGGAAGGUCUUCGCGGCGGAAUUUCGAUGAUAAGUAAUCGAUUUAGCAAGGCAAACAAUCCCUAUGUUCCUGACUACGAUCCCAAGCAGGAGAAUUCCUAUGUGAUGUAUUUCGACGCUAAUAACCUCUAUGGCUGGGCCAUGUCACAACCGCUACCAACGGGUGAAUUCGACUGGCUAACCGACCAAGAGAUUGCAGAACUUGAUAUCACAGACGUUGCAGAUGAUAACGAGCAAGGUUAUGUAUUAGAGGUAGACCUUCAUUAUCCCUCCGAAUUGCACGAUCUUCAUAAUGAUUACCCUCUAGCACCUGAGAGAAUGAAAGUUUCCUCAGAGAUGUUGUCACCAUACUGCCAGGAACUGUCAGAAUGUUUGAAUCUUCGUGGUGGUGCUGUACCUAAAUUGGUUCCGAAUCUUCGAGACAAGACCAACUACGUAGUCCAUUACCGCAACUUAAAGCAAUACCUGGCACUUG